AUGAGCAUGUUAAUUAUCUUUGAAUAUGAGUGUCGCCAAGAGAAGCCUGCAAAUCUUAUGAGCGGCACCCAUAUGAUAAAACAGAACCUACAGAGAUUGGCUCCGGAGUUUAAACAUGAGUGGAAGGAUG